AUGCUCAUGGCACCCCUGCAGGAAGCCAUCGAAUCUGGGCUUUUUGGACGACUGGGCGAGGAGCGUAUCGUGCUCGUUGACGCGGCCGACAGCGAGCGUAAGCGCAAGUUCCAGAACUUCUCGGAAGUACAUGGGUCGGGGCAGGAUCGGCAAACGGCGCAUUUCUUCCAAGUGUACGGUAAGGCGGAGUCGUGGGUUCACGAUAACAUGGACGAGCUGCGUAUCAGGUGGUUUAUGCAUAUGUGGCGUAAGACUGGCAAGGAGGCUAUCGAGGACUACGAGGGAGUCUGGGCGGAGCGACCUGACGGAGAUGAAGAUUGGGACGAGGAACCCUACUUGAGGCAGCAUUGGGUGCUAAAUCAGGACCACCCCUGGGUAAAAGAUUUCUUCAAGUCUAUGCCGGAAAUUCGGCCAACGGUUACGUUUCGACUCUGUAUUCAGAACUGCGCGUAAAAACAGUGUACCCUGUAGUGGAGCAGGGCCGGUUAUCAGGGAAAAUAGGGGAGGAUUUUCUUUUUCUUCACUUCAAGAAGUACGCAGGGGCGGGUCAUCUUAACCAUUAUCUUCUUCUCAUCUUCUAUUCUAUGAUCUUUUCGUAGUUAACAAUUGGUAUCUUCUUAGUAUGCUACUUAGAUUUUAGUUUAAAUUUUUUAUAGAAGUCUUAGUAUACUAAGGAACCGGAG